UAUAGUAAAUGACCCAAGUCACAUAUUCAAAUAUCCUUCUAUUCAUAUCACUAAAAUUUUCAACACAAUCUUGUUAUUUGUUAUGGCUCCAGAUAGAGAUACCCUAGUGGCUUCCUACAAUGCUAACAAUAUUCCAUUGAAUCGCCAAAAGCCGUCAAGAUUAUCAACCGAAAGCAUACAAAGAACAAUAUCGGAUAUCUCCGUUGAGCUAAGCAAAGAAGUAGAUGAUGUUGUUGAUCAACUGAAGCUUACCCCUAUUUCAGAAGUUGAAGAUGCAAAGUGUGAGUGUUGUGGGAUGAGUGAGGAGUGUACUCCGGAGUACAUUGCACAAGUACGCGAGAAGUUUUUGGGGAAACUAAUUUGCGGGUUGUGUUCAGAGGCUGUGAAGGAAGAGAUGGAGAAAAGUGGAGGGAAGAUAGAGGAAGCAUUGAGUGAGCACACUAAGGAUUGUGUGAGGUUUAAUCGGUUUGACAGGACGAAUCCAGUGUUGUUCCAAGCCGCGGCUAUGAAGGAGAUGUUGAAGAAGAGUGCAAGGUUAGAUGGAAGUCGGGCUAAGUCUCUUAGCCCUAGAGAUCAUAAGAGAGGUUAUGGCAAUGUAAACAAGGGUGGACUUGCUAGGAGUUCAAGUUGCAUACCUUCCAUUACAAGGGAACUGAAUGAUCGAGAUCAAGAGGUCCCUAAUUGAACAACUCUAGCCUUGCCUGGCUCGGGGAAAUCAAGGUUUCAUUUUUCGAGGCGCUCUAAAGAUUUUAUAAGCGUUUUUUGGAGAUUUUUUUAAAACAUGUUUGACAAAUAGGUGAUUCGCUAACUUGGUUAAUGAACUCAUGCAAGUCGGCUGAGGUGGCAAGUUCACUUGAGACUGCUGGUUUUGUCAUCAUCUAAGUUCACUUGUGAGAAUAGCGAACUCAAAAGAUUCCUUCGAGUUUGCUAUCUAUAUAGUGAACUGCCUAUUCGUCAAA